AGAGAGCUGGAAGCGAGCAGGACGGAUAGUCUGACACCGGGGCUGGCCGCCAAAGGAAGGGAAAGAUGGUCAAGGAAACCGAGCAGGCAGGGUACGCGGGCUGACAGCAAGGAGAGUCCGCAGCCAGCUGCUGCUGAGCAGCCCUACCUACACCUUAUGCUCGGGCAUAGAGCCGGCAGCAGAGCGAGGACGCGCCGGGCACUGUGCGCUAGCCCCGCUGGGGCUCAGGGGUGACAUGUCCCACGAGCGGCCACCGCGCACGGAUAUACCCCGCAACCUGAGCUUUAUAGCGGCAUUGACCGAGCGGGCGUACUACCGCAGCCAGCGGCCCAGCCUCGAGGAGGAGUCGGAGGAGGAGCCCGGGGAGGGCGGGACCCGGCCAGGCGCCCGCUCGCGGGCUCACGUUCCGGGUCGGGGGCGCAGGGCCCGCUCUGCGCCCGCGGGUGGUGGCGGGGCGCGGACAGCCCGCAGCCGCAGCCCUGACACUCGCAAGAGAGUGCGUUUCGCCGACGCGCUGGGGCUGGAGCUGGCCGUGGUCCGGCGCUUCCGCCCUGGGGAACCGCCCCGGGUGCCCCGCCACGUGCAGGUGCAACUGCAGAGGGACGCCCUGCGCCACUUCGCGCCGUGCCCGCCGCGAGCCCGCGGCCUCCAGGAGGCGCGCGUCGCCCUGGAGCCAGCCCUGGAGCCCGGCUUCGCCGCCCGGCUGCAGGCGCAGCGCAUCUGCCUGGAGCGCGCAGACGCGGGCCCUCUGGGCGUGGCCGGGAGCGCGCGCGUGCUGGACCUGGCCUACGAGAAGCGCGUGAGCGUGCGCUGGAGCGCGGACGGCUGGCGCAGCCUGCGGGAAUCGCCCGCCUCCUACGCGGGUCCAGCUCCGUCCCCGCCGCGGGCUGACCGCUUCGCCUUCCGCCUGCCCGCACCUCCGGUCGGCGGAACGCUGCUCUUCGCCCUUCGCUACCGGGUUACCGGCCGAGAGUUCUGGGAUAACAACGGCGGCCGAGACUACGCGCUCCUUGGGCCCGAGCAUCCUGCCGGUGCCGGAGCCGCGGAGCCCCAGGGCUGGAUCCAUUUUAUUUGAGACAAGGCUCCUACAGGCCACAGCAGGGAAAAAAAACGGAGGCAUCCAGGCGUAGGGGGAGAGGCUGUGGCGCCAGGAACCAGGGAGUCACAAUUGGCAGAUGGGUGGAGAGCGGUCUCAGAGUCAAGCGGAGGUGGCUGGAAACCGCCUGCGAAACUCAGAGAGAUUUGGGUGGAAAACAGCAGGUGUGCGUAAGUGGAAGGAACUCGAAGAAUGCGAGAUAGAAGGCCCUGGAAGGUCAAGAAGCCUCCUUGGGCUGGGAACCUUUAUGGACUGAGGAGCCUUGAUGUAUAAAGUCCAGCCCAGUGAAGUCAUUCGGAUUGCUUCUUACUGGCCUUACCACCCCACGUCCCUCUGUCCUGCCCAUCCUAGCUUCAUCUGAGCCGAAAUUGCCUUGCUUAACUCCAGGAAUUUGACCAUUGCCUUCUGGCAGUAUGACAGGAUGUCCUCGUCUCUCAGCAGUUCGUGGCUUCAGUCUUCAAGGACAGGGGUUGCCGGGGGCUAUGACAGUUUGUUCUUUUUGAGUUCCUUCAGCCACCAGGCAAGCACUAGGAAUAAGGACGGUGGCAAAAGUAACUCCCACCCUGCCCUUGUAGCCAAAUAGUGAGACAUCUAAGGGGUUCACAUAGGCUUCCAGAAAAAUGAAUGCCAGCCUUACUUUUCCGGGCGUCUUCUUAAAACCUCUAAGCACUUUAUGUCAAGGGACGGUGAAUCAUGAAAAUCCCUACUGAUUUUUUCUUCGUGCCUCUUAAAAAGAGGAAACCACUGAGUAUCUGU